CCGCGCUCCCCCAGCUGUGCACCUCGCUGUGCACACACGUUUAAAACAAUUUAAACGUGGCCGCCAAGGAAAGAGUUAACUCCUCUUUAAAUAUUCAUGGCAUUGUUUUAAAGGUGUAAACGUGCGGCUGCUAGGUUGAGGUGGACUCGCUUAGGAUGCAAAUGUCCUGCCCCAGGUCGCUGUGAACUCUUAGCACCCCCCCCCCACUGGCACCCACCUUUCUCACCCCCCACCCCCCUCCAAAUAUGUAUGAAUUUAUUUUUUCUAUGGUUCGAAUGUGUGGGUGGCUUGUCGCCUUCCGUUCCAUUUGGAAUUUUAAGUCCUGAGUGCUCUCUGGACUGAUGGUGUUUUAAACUUUUUUUCCUCUACAGAAAUUUGGGGAAAUCUGUUUCAAGGAAAAUUAGUCCUCCAAAUUCCCCUCCCGGGUUUGUUUUCCUCUUUUUUUUUCCCUUUUUUUUUUUUUUUUUUUUUUUGCAUGGGGAUUGGAAGUAGAAAAAUAACUGAGUGACUCGUGAGUUGGAUUUUAUUUUCCUGGUAGGAGUGAGGCGGUGUUGAACGGGAAGCAUUUUGGAAGGAAAGGACUCUUGUUUUUUGUUCCAAAUCCCUCCAAGUCUAAGUGCUUUUAGACUUUUCCUAACUUUAAAAUGGCUUCAAACCGCCCCUGUCGGUAACUUGCUUUGCUCUGCUUCCGCCCGCUUUUUGAUCAGGUGGUUUUAUUGGGAUUUUGGAAAAUUUAACUCCUGUACAUUUGUUGGUUUCAAACAGAAAUCAUUACUCAUCCCAAAUAUGUUUUUGGUGAAGACAGUUUGGAUUACUGCCCAAAUUCGAGCUUUGUGAGAUUUAUUUUAAAUGAGUGAUGUGCUUCCCAGGAGACUGAAAACUAGAAAUGGGAAUUAUGUUUUUAAGUCAUAAAUUUUAUAGGGGAAACUGACUCUAAAACUUGGGGUGUCUGUAAUUCCAUGCCCAAUAAAGUAUCAUUCUGGAGGAUUAUAAACCCUUAGAAGCAUGUGUUAAGUUUUUGGCUUAGCCCUAAUGACUUCAACCUUAGAGGAACUUGUUCCAGAAACUUCUGGUGGUACCGAGUAACCAUAAAUGCUAGUGAUUCAGUAAAGUUUAAAUUAUCGUUUUAGUUCUGCAUUGAAAAGCAGUGAGCAGUAGCAUAUUUUGUCAAUGAUGUGUGUGUACUGGUUUGUUGGGCGGGAUGUUUGCUUUCUAGGAAAUAACACUACAUUAAAACAUCAGAGAAUUUUCCACUGCUCUCUUGAAAAUGAACCUUGCUGAACCAAAUGAGCCAUUCUGGUUUUUAAGUUGUGUUCUUUAGUGAGGAUUCCUAUUAGUUUUGAAUCUUGUAUACUUUUGGGUCAGAGUGAGAAUAGGUUUUUCUAAAAUGGGAUUUAGCAUCAUGAAGAAUUCAUUUCCAUCAGUGUCCUUUCCCCAUCACCCCGCACAAUUUUAUUAGUUUUUUUUUUGGUUCUGUUUGAGCUAGCAAAAGAAAUCAAAAGGUUGUUAUUUCACUGGAUUUGCAGUUCUGCUCCCCAGUCUGUCUCUGGUGACUCUUCUCAACCCCCCACCCCCCAUCUCUGGCCUGCACUCCAGUUCUUCUAUGUAAAAAAAAAAAAGUUAUUCAGAAAAGUCACUUUACCAGGAGGUCUAAUUUCUACACAUAGUCCUUCCAGGUUGACAGAUGAAGUGCCUAAAAGGAACUUUGGGUUCUGUGUCAUUCAUGUCAGCCUGCUGGUCACCCCUCCUUCUUCAGAGGAGCACUUUCUCCUUACCCUUUGGAUUCUCAAUUAUAACAACACUCCAGACACCAGAUCUUCCUAGAAGAUAUCUAUAAUGGUGAAUCUAUAAAGCAACCAGCUGACUAGAGAAGGAAGGGAGGAGUCAGCUUUGAGGUGUGUGUGCCCAAGAACCAUGUCUACGCGGGAGUCCUUUAACCCGGAAAGUUAUGAAUUGGACAAGAGCUUCCGGCUAACCAGAUUCACUGAACUCAAGGGCACAGGCUGCAAAGUGCCCCAAGAUGUCCUGCAGAAAUUGCUGGAAUCCUUACAGGAGAACCACUUCCAAGAAGAUGAGCAAUUUCUGGGCGCCGUUAUGCCAAGACUUGGUAUUGGAAUGGAUACGUGUGUCAUUCCUUUGAGGCAUGGCGGUCUUUCCUUGGUUCAAACCACAGAUUACAUUUACCCUAUUGUCGAUGAUCCUUACAUGAUGGGCAGGAUAGCAUGCGCCAAUGUCCUCAGUGACCUCUAUGCGAUGGGUGUCACAGAAUGUGACAACAUGCUGAUGCUCCUUGGAAUCAGUAAUAAAAUGACUGACAGGGAAAGGGAUAAAGUGAUGCCCCUAAUUAUACAGGGUUUUAAAGAUGCAGCAGAAGAGGCAGGAACAUCUGUAACUGGCGGCCAAACGGUAUUGAACCCGUGGAUCGUUUUGGGAGGAGUGGCUACCACUGUUUGCCAGCCCAAUGAAUUUAUUAUGCCAGAUAAUGCAGUGCCAGGGGACGUGCUUGUGCUGACGAAGCCCCUGGGGACGCAAGUGGCCGUUGCGGUGCACCAGUGGCUGGAUAUUCCUGAAAAAUGGAAUAAAAUUAAGCUAGUGGUCACCCAAGAAGAUGUAGAGCUGGCAUACCAAGAGGCGAUGAUGAACAUGGCCAGGCUCAACAGAACAGCUGCAGGACUCAUGCACACGUUCAAUGCCCAUGCUGCCACCGACAUCACAGGCUUUGGGAUUUUGGGCCACGCGCAGAACCUGGCCAAGCAGCAGAGGAAUGAAGUGUCUUUUGUCAUUCACAACCUUCCUGUGCUGGCCAAGAUGGCUGCUGUGAGCAAGGCCUGCGGAAAUAUGUUUGGCCUCAUGCAUGGGACCUGCCCAGAGACCUCAGGAGGCCUUUUAAUAUGUUUACCACGUGAGCAAGCAGCUCGGUUCUGUGCAGAGAUAAAGUCCCCCAAAUAUGGUGAAGGUCACCAAGCAUGGAUUAUUGGGAUCGUAGAGAAGGGCAACCGUACAGCCAGAAUCAUAGACAAACCCCGGAUCAUUGAAGUUGCACCACAGGUGGCAACUCAAAAUGUGAACCCCACACCUGGUGCCACCUCGUAAUCUAAACCGAAAUAGCUGUUUGGUUUUGUUUUUAAAUAGAUCUAUUUCCUUUAUCAUCACUUCAAUUAAAGACUAUAAACAACAAAAAUCUCAUUGUGUCUACACAUCUGGUGACCUUAGGUCGAUUUGUGAGUGGAUGCAAUUAAUAAAAUAAAAUCCAUUGCCUUUUUUUUCCUGUUACAUUAACUGAAGAUGCACCUAAUCUUGAGGCAGCUUCUGAGUUGAGAAUUAUAUUGUUAUCCAAUACUGUUGAUUCAUUUUGAAUCUUUAGACACUUAUCUCUUGCCGCAUAGGCUCUUUUCAAAGGUGCUUUCACACAGCACAGACAUUACCAAUAGUAGUGUCAAAUAGCAGUUUUUGUCUUCAUUUUAUGUAUAUUUAUCAUUAUCAGUCUGAUCUUUUUUAAGUGUCUUGAAUGAGAUUCUGGAAAGGCAGAAUUGGUAAGUGACACAAUGGGAUCCCAGUAGUAAAAGGGUUGCAUGAUUCCUUUGAGUCUUUGAUUUGUAAAGCCUGGUCUCCUCAUUCAAGAGCAUCUCUUUGACCCAGAUCAUUUCCCACCAGUGCAUUCAGUUAAACAAGGCAAGUGCUUAAUUCUGCAUGGAAAGCACUUUGAAGAUGAGACAUUUUAUUUUUUUUGGUAGCCUUCCUAAUAUUUACAGUAAUAAUCAUUAACUCUUUUCUUUAUUGAUAGCAAAAAAGGAUACUUUUUGCAAUGUAAUUAGAUGUUCUAUAGUGCAACAAGGAAUUUGCCUUCCGAAAGGGGGUUCAUGUAUAAUACUCAUUUACAAUUCAAUAUAUAAUUAACUACACAAAUAAUUUUUAAAUAAUAAUCAAUAAUAAAGACUGUUCUGUGGAUGGUAGUGUUUAAUACCUUUUACAUUUUGUAUAGUGAUUUCAGGCCUUUUGUUUUCUUAAAAUCAACAGCUACUUAGCCUAAUUCUUAGCAUUAUUUUGUCCUUUGUGCCAGUACUUUUUUGUGCACGCUUUUUUGUGAUCUGUUAAAAAUCUGCAUUGCCAACAUUGCAGCUCGAACUUAAACUUGUUAUUCAAAUAAAUAUUUAAUUUUUU